CGCCAGCUGGCUAAGCAAGCACAGCACGCAGAGCGGCGGCAGCAGUGACAGCAGGUGCCGGCAGCUGGCUCGGUGCUCCUCUUAGCUGCCCAUCAUGGUCAGGGGGCUGCCCAGCACUGCCAGCCUGGCGCGCUUCUGCCAGAAGCUAAACCGACUGAAGCCCCUGGAGGAGUCCACCAUGGAGACAUCACUGCGGCGCUGCCUGUCCACGCUGGACCUGACCCUGCUGGGCGUGGGUGGUAUGGUGGGCUCAGGCCUCUAUGUGCUCACAGGCACAGUGGCAAAGCAGAUGGCCGGCCCUGCGGUGCUCUUGUCCUUUGCCGUGGCUGCUGUGGCCUCCUUGCUGUCAGCCCUGUGCUAUGCAGAGUUUGGGGCACGGCUGCCGCGUACGGGCUCUGCUUACCUGUUCACCUAUGUGUCCAUGGGUGAGCUGUGGGCCUUCCUCAUCGGCUGGAAUGUGCUCCUCGAGUACCUCAUUGGCGGUGCAGCCGUGGCCCGUGCCUGGAGUGGCUACCUGGAUGCCAUGUUCAACCACCGCAUCCACAACCUCACCGAGGCCUAUGUUGGAACCUGGCAGGUGCCCUUGCUAGCCCACUACCCAGACUUCCUGGCUGCUGGCAUUAUAAUUUUGGCCUCUGUCUUCAUCUCCUGCGGAGCCCGAGUUUCCUCCUGGCUCAACCACACGUUCUCUGUUGUCAGCCUUGUCGUCAUCCUCUUUGUCAUCAUCCUGGGAUUUAUCCUGGCCCGCCCACACAACUGGAGUGCUGAGGAGGGUGGCUUUGCACCUUUUGGGUUCUCCGGCAUCAUGGCCGGCACCGCCACCUGCUUCUACGCCUUUGUGGGCUUUGAUGUCAUUGCUGCCUCCAGCGAGGAGGCCAGGAACCCGAAGCGAGCUGUGCCUAUAGCCAUUACCAUCUCACUUGGCCUGGCAGCUGGCGCCUACAUUCUCGUCUCCACCGUGCUCACCCUCAUGGUGCCUUGGCACAGCCUGGACCCUGACUCCGCACUCGCUGAUGCCUUCUACCGGCGGGGAUAUAGCUGGGCUGGCUUCAUUGUGGCGGCAGGCUCCAUCUGCGCCAUGAACACUGUCCUGCUCAGCAGCCUCUUCUCCCUGCCACGCAUCGUCUAUGCCAUGGCCAUCGACGGGCUCUUCUUCCAGGUGUUUGCCCAAGUGCACCCCCGGACGCAGGUGCCCAUGGUGGGCAUCCUUGUGUUCGGGGGCCUCAUGACUUGCUUGGCGCUGCUGCUGGAUCUGGAGGCCCUGGUCCAGUUCCUGUCCAUUGGCACACUGCUGGCCUACACCUUCGUGGCCACCAGCAUUAUUGUGCUACGCUUCCAGAGGGCCCCUCCGUGCAGUGCCUCAGGCCCAGCCAGCCCUGACCCCAGGGUCAAAGAGUACCACUCUUUCUCGGACCACAUACAACUGGUGGGCACCGAGCAGGCCUCGGCCCCUGAGCCCGGGCAGCUGCGGCCAGCCCUAAGGCCCUACCUGGGCUUUCUAGAUCCCCAUGGUGCCCCUGACUCCAGCCCUGAGCAUCCUUCUCAACAUCUGCCUCAUGCUGAAGCUAAGCUACCUGACUUGGCUGCGCUUCUCCAUCUGGCUGGUGAUCGGGCUCGCCGUGUAUUUUGGCUAUGGCAUCUGGCACAGCAAAGAGAACCAGCGGGAGCUGCCGGAGCUGACCACACGCUACGUGGUGUUCCCCAGCACCAACCUGGAGGAGACGGUACAGACUGUGCAGCCCCCCAGCCAGCUGCCCUCCCAGGAUCCCAGCCCCGCGGAGCAGCCCACCAGUCCGUGAAUCAAGCUGGAGGCCUGUCCAUGCUUGCUCUGCCCUCAGCCCACCUCCUCAGGAGCCCAGAGAAGCUGGGAGUCCCUUCUAUCUGAGUCAGCUCAGGUUUGCAGGCCUGCCCAUGCUGAGGGGUACCCCAGACCUUAAAGCCUUAGCUCAAGUGCCUAGCUUUGGGUUUUGAGGAGUGGGCCAUGGUCAGUGCUGGUGUGGUGAACAUUUUGCCUAGCACCUUCCUGUUCAUGAACAAUUUCAGUUUCUUGGGCAGGCAGGGUGGGCUAGGGUGGGCGGGGAAGAAGCCCACAACCCCAGAUAUCCAUAAUAAUAACCUCUUGGCCAGCCAC